AAGAGAGUCCAAGGGGUCAAAUUGUUGGAGAAAGUUGUAGAAAGGGCGUGUGAAGGUAUAAAACAAAGAUGUCUGAGUACAUUAGACCAGCGUUUGCUAUAAUUUUACCAAAUCUUGGUGGUAUAGCCGGUGGUUUCAUCACCAAAAAAAGUAUCCCUGAUUGGUAUGAGAACCUACAUCGUCCCUCCUGGAGGCCACCAAACUAUUUAUUUGCUCCAGUCUGGACAUUUCUGUACAGUUCUAUGGGAUAUGCUUCGUAUUUAGUAUGGAGAGAUGGAGGAGGGUUUGAUGGUGAUGCUAAAUUACCCCUGGCUUUAUUUGGGACACAACUUGCCUUAAACUGGGCUUGGACCCCAAUCUUCUUUGGUUUGAGAAAGAUGGGCUUGGCUACCAUUGAAAUUGGAGUAUUAUGGGGAACAGUAGCUGCUACCAUAGUGUCCUUUCACCCAGUUAAUACCACAGCUAGCUAUCUAUUAAUACCAUAUUUGGGAUGGCUGACCUUGGCUAGUGCUUUAACCUUCAAUAUCUGGAAGAACAACAAAGAUAGGCGAGAUUAAACUAGUCUUUUUUUGAUAUAGGACUUCUGAUUAUCUUCUAUUUACCAGACUUAACAAAAGGAAAGUGCUUUGGGGAUGCUUGAAUUGCAGAAUAAUGGGUCUGACAGCAUUUCUAUUUGUAUCAGCUGUUCUCUUAUUAGGAUAUUAUGAAAUAUGCAAAUUUUUUAUCUUAAAAAGCAAUUUUUUAUCUACUAUCUUCUGUAUGGGUAAUAACAGUUAAGUGUCUUCACACCAUAAAGAUCACACAUUGCGCAUUGUUGCGAAUAAGAAAACCAGUCAAGUUUUGAACUCUCAUAAAAAUGAGUUUUGAGUUGGUUCGGUACUCGUGAACACUUUCAUUAUUCGCAACUAAAUACAACUAGUAAUUACUAUGGUGUGAGAGCAUCAUCAUCAGGACAUGAUAAAGAUAUGAUACCUGAUUCAGCUUUAAAACUUCCAUUAUAUUUGUUCUGUGUGAAAUCAUGAAUAUUGAAGUGUCAAUUUUUUCUCUAGUCUGGUAGCUCUCUCUAUGUUCUAAAUUUCUAGUUUUUUCAAGAACAAGAUUUUAUGAGAUUGCUUCUUCUGCCUUUGAAAGGUAUAACAAUUUUCAGGUUGAUCAUAGAUAUUUGUUAAUUUCAAAAACAAAUAUAACUCUCUUAAAUAGAUAUCAGCCAGUCAAAGUUAAGUUGCAUGAAUACUCCACAAUUCUAAGAAUCAGGGUCUAGAAAUUCUAGAAUAUAAUAGUAGUAUGUAUAUUAUUUAAAUCUUAUGUUAGACUAAGUGUUAAAUCAAAUAUCAAAUUUUUUCAUGGCAAUUAUUAAUAGUAUUAGUUAGUAUUAGUAGUAGCAUAAUUAUAUUUCUCCACUAGUGUUGAAUCUGACUCUAUGUAAUUUAUAUUUUACAAGUGAUCAAAUGGAUUAUGAAAUGGGUAUUAUUUGGAUUUUGAAUGCUAUAUUGUUGUGUAUUUUAAUAGCAUUAUUUUAAAAAUACAGCAGAUUAAAUAUAUAUACAUAAG